CAAUUUUUUUUUGGUAAUGUGAUAAUUAAGGUGGAGUUAAUUGAUGAAAGCCCAGUGGGCCAAAUAGAAAACCCGUCUUCUGUCCACCCAAUUCCAGUCUGAGCUUUCCAGCUGAAGCCGGGUAACAGCGAGGCGAAGCAGGCGAAGAAAGAAGAAGAAGAUGACGAUUUUCCACUUCUUCAACUGUGCGAUCUUAACAUUCGGCCCGCACGCUGUAUACUACUCCGCCACUCCCUUGUCUGAGUAUGAUACUCUUGGUACUUCAGUAAAAGCUGCUGUUGUUUAUCUUGGAACAGCAUUAGUGAAGCUUGUGUGCCUUGCAACAUUUCUUAAUGUUUCCGAAAGUGAUAGUUUUGAGCCAUCCCAGGAAUUGUUGAAAGCUUUGAUCGGGUUUAUAGAUGUUGCAGGACUUUAUUUUGCAUUGACACAAUUGACACACAGAAAUAUUUCUCAGAACCAUAAGUUUCAAGCUGUUGGACUUGGCUGGGCUUUUGCUGAUUCUGUUCUUCACAGAUUGGCACCCCUCUGGGUGGGUGCUAGAGGAUUGGAGUUCACUUGGGAGUACAUCCUGCAAGGCCUUGAGGCAAAUGCCAAUUUGGUAUUCAACAUAUCACUAGCUGCACUGGGAUCUCUGAUGUGGCUGCGGAAAAGCAAACCAAAGACAUUGGUUCCAAUUAUCUAUACAUGUGCUGGGUUUGUUGCAACAAUGCCCUCCAUAACAAGCUACCUGAAGCAGGGGAUGGGGUGGCAACUUCCAAAGGUGGUUGGCUUUGAAUUAUUCACCUCAUUGGCGAUUGCUUUCAUCAGCUGGCAGUUAUUUGCUGCCUGCCAGAGGCCUUCUAACUGAAUCAAGAUUUGAGUUAUCUGCUUCGCACCACUCGAACUCCGUGUUUACUUAAUUCCUAAGCCCGUUUUUUCUCUUUUUGAAACAAAUGGAACAUAUUGUAACCAUACAUUUUUCACCUUUUUAACACUACGUUGUUUUUUUGGAAGAACACUAUGUUAAUCUCUUUGUAGUGAAAGUGAAAAAAAAUUGUGAGGCAAAAUGAGUCCUUAUUAAUGACCAAAGUAUUGUACUCCGUAUUGAAUUGUAGAAACUCAAAAAAAUGUAUUGUAGAAAUCAUGUGUUGCAUAUUCAUUUCUUUUUUAAAAAAAAUAGAACUGUCAAGU